AUUCCAACAUCGUGCCAGAGCUGAAGAAAGGUGCUCUUAAAUAAAAAUCUCUCUCUUUUCAAGCUGACAGGAACAAAGCAAGACCGCUGUGCUCGCUUCGAUAAUGGAGAGAAAAUCAAACAGGAGAGCGAAGGAAUCUGAAGAAAACCACAGCAACUUCGAGGGCUCUGAGCAAGACAAGGACUAUAAAACGUCUCUGAUCACUCUGAACGUUGGCGGCUAUCUGUACAUCACACAAAAACAAACACUAACCAAGUACCCAGAUUCUUUCCUCGAAGGUGUCAUCAACGGAAAGAUAAUGUGCCCGUUUGAUGCGGACGGGCAUUACUUCAUAGACAGAGAUGGACUCCUGUUCAGACACAUUCUGAACUUCCUACGAAAUGGAGAACUUCUUCUACCGGAAGGGUUUCGAGAAAAUCAACUUUUGGCACACGAAGCAGAUUUCUUUCAGCUGAAGGUCUUAUCGGAUGCAGUGAAAUCGAGGUGGGAGAAGGAGCAGCUCGCAUCUCGGGAGACCACUUUCCUGGAAAUAACUGACAGCCACGACCGCUCGCAGGGGCUCCGGAUCUUUUGUAACGCUCCUGAUUUCAUAGCAAAAAUAAAAUCCCGAAUCGUCCUGGUGUCCAAAAGCAGGCUGGAUGGAUUUCCAGAGGAGUUUUCAGUCUCUUCGAAUAUAAUUCAAUUCAAAUACUUCAUCAAGUCGGAAAACGGCACACGACUCGUGCUGAAGGAGGACAACACCUUCGUCUGCACCCUGGAAACUCUUAAGUUUGAGGCAAUUAUGAUGGCUUUAAAAUGCGGAUUCAGACUGCUGACCAGCCUGGAUUGCUCCAAAGGGUCUAUUGUUCACAGCGAUGCACUUCAUUUUAUCAAGUAAUUACAAAGGCAGAGGAAACAAGCAUGCAGCCGGCAGACCUCCUUUAACGGCAGCGUCCUGGCAUCACAGAUCUCGUAUCUAACCAGCCUCGUACCACACAGCUCGGCUGCUAAUCAGUUAACGUGAGCUAAUGGUAUGUAAAUCUCGUAACGACAUCCAUCUCCGGCUUGUUCGAGCUGAAUGAAAUCUUUAUUAAAUUCAGGCAUCAGAUUUAUCUGCUAACCACUGUAAACAGAGACCGAACGCUUUCUGGUGUUUGUACCAUGUUUUUUUUUUUCUCAUGCUGUCUUUCAGCCGGGAAGUCUUGCUGAAUUUCUGUGUACUUGUAUGACUAACAUGCAUACACCUAACUGCUCUGCCCAGCAGCAUGGGGAGUAUUCCCAUACAACAGGCAGGCUCACAGUAUGUUCUGCUCCCCGUGAAUCCAGAAUGGAUUUUAACUGGAAUAAAUGAUUUUAAAUGUU